UUACCCUACUCAGAAGCAACCCAACUCAGAAAUCAAAGCCCUGUUUCUCAAAAAAAAGAAAAGACAAAGAAAUCAAAGCCCUCUUUCUUGGUCUCACAUCUCCAAAACCACCUCACCCUUUCAUUCCUCACCCAUCUCCACAACCAUCCAGUUUUCCUACCAAAUUAAAUAAACACACAAUGGCACAAAAAAUGAAUCCAAAUCCACUGGAAUUAAAAUCAUCACCACCAUCCAAGGUCCUGUGCCUCCUCCUCUCCGAGUCAGCAAAGACUCCCACGCACAAAAAAUGAAUCCAAAUCCACUGGAAUUAAAAUCAUCACCACCGGCAGUUAUUCGGCAAAUCCAAGGUCCUGUGCCUCCUCCUCUCCGAGUCAGCAAAGACUCCCACAAGAUCAAAAAGUCUUCCCGACGUCGGCCGCCGACAGUUAUUUACCAAACCUCAACCAGUAACUUCAGGUCCAUGGUCCAAAGCGUCACAGGCUAUUCAUCAGCAUCAUAUGCCGGCGACGGAGAUUUCGUACCUACGGCGAGACUAGCCUCUACGGUAAAGACCAACCCAUCAAAAAUAGGUAGAGACAGAGCCAACAGUACUAACACAACUACUGCUAUGUUGAAAGAAGAAAAUGUAGGAGUCUUAGAAAUAUUACUUCAGGCAAGUACUCAUCCAGGAUCGCCGGAGCCGUCGACUUUGCCUUCAAUCCCAGAUGAGUUUUUCUCGCCGGCGACGAGGCUGGCCUCUAUAGUAAAGGCCAGCCCAUCAAAAAGAGACAGAGACAGAGCCGACAGUACUUACACAAUUACGGCUAUGUUGGAAGAAGAAGUAGCAGAAAUAUUAAGUAACGCAAGUACUCAUCCUGGGGUAUUAUCGCCAUCGCCGUCGACUUUGCUGCCGAUCCCAGAUGGCGUUUUCUCGCCGGUGAUAGAGCCGCAGAGUUAUAUGCUGAAGCAUGUGCUGAGCCCACUUUGGCACAACGCGUUCAUGGCCAGUACUUCUGGUUGGUUCUCAGCUCCUUUGAUCUCCCCAUCUCCUUCUUGCAUGGACCUCUUCAACCUUUUCUAUGCUGUUUUGAAUGCCAAAACCGAGAUCUCCGAGGAACUCAUAAAAAACGGCGGCGACCUUGCGGAACAGCAACCAAGGAGAAGCUUGUUUCCAGAGAUGCCUGAGUCUUCGUCUUUGCCGUUACGGUCGGAGAGAAAGGGAGGCAUGGAGGCUGAGCCGGCGAAGGAAACAGACCUGAUGGAGUUGACAGUGGAGAAGGGGAUGGAUAGUGAUCCGCAGGCAUGUAAGGAACUGGAAUUGGGCAAUGCAGCGUACUCUAAGAAUGAUUUUGAUACUGCAAUUGCUCAUUAUACUAAGGCGGUGGAGUUGGACGAUGGGCACAUUUCGUGUCUUAUGAAUCGAGCUGUUGCUUAUCUGGCAAUGGGACAGUAUGAGGAAUGUAUUAAAGAUUGUGACAAGGCUGUUGAAAGGGGAAGACAGCUUAAAUCAGACUCUAAGAUGAUAGCAAUAGCUUUGACUAGGAAGGGUACUGUCCUAGAAAAAAUGGCAAAACUCUCAAAGGACUAUGAACUAGCUAUUCAGGCUUUCCAGAAAGCUCUCUCAGAGCAUCACAACCCAGACACAUUGAAGAAGCUAAAUGAUGCUGAAAAAGCAAAGAGGGAACUAGAGCAACAAGAAUACUUUGAUACAAAAUUAGCUGAUGAGGAACAUGAGAAAGAAGAAAAAAGUGAAAAGAAAAUAAUGUCAGAGCCUCAUGGUAUGGUGUUUGAUUUCGAAGCAGUAAAGAUGACUGAAUCAGUUGAACAAAACAAAUCUGAAAUUGAAGAAAUUGGGAAUGCUGCUUCACAUACAAGACAACCAGAGGUUAUACAGGCUGAGGAAAUGCAACCGCAAGCAUUAAGUACUUUGAAACCUCAAGGAGUGGUGUUUGAUGUUGAAACAGUUAAGAUCCUUAAACCUAGUGGGCAGAUGGAGUUUCAGAUUGAAGACGAUGACAUGGAACCUGAAGCAAGUGAGCAACAUGGAUUAUAUAUCACGCAGGGUUCUGAAAAAAGUGAAAAACAAAUAGUGUCAGAGCCUCAUGGUAUGGUGUUUGAUGUCAAAACAGUUACGAUGACUGAUUCAGGUGAACAAAGCAAAUCUGAAAUUGAAGAAAUUUGGAAUGUCGCUUCACAUACAAGACAACCAGAGGUUAUACAGAGUGAGGGAAUGGAAUUUCAGAUUGAAGACAAUGAUGUGGAACCUGAAGCAAGUGAGCAACAUGGAUUAUUUAUCACGCAGGGUGGUUUAGUAUUUACUAAGCCAACAAAGGAUGAGGAUUGGAAGCACGCCAAAGAGAUUUACUUGAUGGACAAUGAGUUGUCUGUUUUGCCUGAAAAUCCAAGGUGCCUCAAUCUAUCAGCUUUGUUCCUUCCUAGAAACUACAAAUUGAGAGUGAUUCCUCCAUCAUUUUUUGAUUACAUGCCAACCCUUCAAAUCCUAAACUUAUCCAGGACCGGUAUCAAGUCUUUGCCUGAUUCCCUUUUCCAAUUGGUAAGCCUCGAAAGACUUUUUCUAAAUGAUUGCCAUCGUCUUAUGAUGUUGUCUCCAAAAGUUGGAGAUCUUGAGAAGCUUGAGGUUCUUGAUCUUGAAGGGGCAAAGAUUAUAAAUUUACCUAAGGAGAUUAAGAAAUUAACUAAUCUGAUAUGCUUGGAAGUUUCAUUUUAUGGAUAUACGGGUAAUGGUAGGAGAUCUAUGCAAUCAAAUGCAGUGGUUCCUUGUGGGGUAAUUUGUUCAUUGUCUCAGUUGGAGGAGUUGAAUAUUGAUGUGAAUCCAGAUGAUGAGCGGUGGGAUACACGUGUGGAAGAUAUUGUUAAUGAAGUAUGUAACUUAAAGAGGUUAGAAACUUUCAAAUUCUAUUUUCCAAGGGUGGAACUUUUGAGGCACUUUCAGUGGAAUAGCCUAUCGCUAUCUCAUUUCAGAUUUACUGUUGGACACCAUGUCAAGCGCAUUAUGUCCCGAGUCCCUCUUGAUGUUGAGUUUGAGCUGGAACGAUGGGAGAGAUGCUUGAAAUAUAUAAAUGGUGUGGGUGUCCCUAGAGAUAUUAAGAAUGUACUCCAACAUGCAACUGCAUUUUUCUUGGACAGGCAUGCAACUGUUAAGAAGCUGUCUGAUUUUGGGACUAGAAAUAUGAAGCAAAUAAAAUGCUGUGUUGUGGGGGAAUGUAAUGAGGUUCAAAUGAUUAUAGAUGCAGCAGAUGCUUAUGGAGAAGAUGGUAUCAGUGAAAUAGUAUCUGAAUCACAUGAUGCUGAAAGAAUUGUCCUUGGAUCACUUGAAUACCUGUAUAUAUAUUAUAUGAAGAGUUUAAGGAGCAUAUGGGAGGGGCCAGUACCGCAAAAUUCUUUAUAUCUUCUUAAGUCCUUGUCAUUGCGCACAUGUCCCCAGUUGACCACUAUUUUCACACAAGAGUUGCUUGAUAACUUAUGCAGCUUAGAAGAGCUUAAAGUUGAAGACUGUCCCUCCAUCAAAAGCAUAGUAAGCUGCAAAAUCCCUGCUGAGCAUAGAACCUCUUAUUUUCUCCCAAAUUUGAAGAAGAUUUCACUUCAUUACAUGCUUGGAUUAGUUAGCAUCUCUAGUGGUUUACACAUUGCUCCGAAGUUAGAAUGGUUGAGUUUUUAUAAUUGCCCAAGUCUUUCGAAUCCAUUAAUCAAUGAAGUAUCUAGUCAUGAUUUGAAGAAGAUAAAGGGUGAGAGGAGUUGGUGGGAAACAUUGGAGUGGAGCAACGGUCGGCCAGAUUAUUUGGAUGAAAUUUUUGUCCCAAUUGACAUAUGGGAUUGCUGAGCACCUGAUAGUGUAUAAUAAUAAGCUGAGGCAUCCUUGGAUCACUUUGUGUUUGCUAUAUUUAUACUCCUGUUGCUGCUGUUGAAGAUAUUUACAAGAAAGAAAAUGACACAAACAAUGUAUGAACAGAUGUAUAUUCACUGUAUAUUGUAUAUUUAUACUCUAGUUUCUGUAUAUAGAUCUCUAGAGUUGGCAUCUUACAUAGGUAAGAAUCCUUGAUUUGGGCUAAAAUCAAGGAUAAAUACAUAUUUGGGCUAAA